UUGAAUUUCAAGUCCUGCCUGCAGUUGCCUUGACAGGGCCAGACCAAAUGACACCGCCCGUCCCGAGGGACAUUCCCCACCCCUGUUCUAGACCAAGUGCCAGGGUGCUGUGGCUGCCUCCAAGUCCUUCCUGUGCGCACACACACAAGCCUGCACGCACUCCCACGCGGGGUGAAGCCAGGUGCUCCUGGAAGACUCUCCUGGGGAGCAACUGUGACCCAUGGGGCUCCCUGAGAAGUGGCCAGUAAAACCCCUCCAGGAAGGAGACUUCUCCCUCCCUGCACCCCAGCCCAGGGUACUGCCCAAGUGCCCCCAAGGAAUGAGAGACAUCCUUCCAGGGGUAACCCCCAGAGAGAACAUCUGGACCCAGAGCAGGAGAAGAAAAGUGAGGCAAACCUGGCUCCAACAAGUCCUCCAUGGCCAGCAGGUCCAGCUCACUCAGGGCCAGGGAGGUGCAAAGUUAAACGAGGGCAGUCAGCUCCGAGGACCAACUGUGGACAAGCAACGAGGCCUCCGGGCCGGGGAGCCACUGAGGCCCUGCAGCAGCCCCUGGGAAAACCCUUGGAAUCAACUGUCUCUGCCUGCCCCCCCCCUUGAGGUUUCCUCCAGGAAGCCCUCCAUCCACCACUCAGGUCCUUCCAGCUGCUUGGCCUUGAACUCUUACUGGCAGCCUGGCUGGGGCAAGUCACUUUCCCGUCUGUGAAAUGGGAGCCUAAGCCCCAGCCCGGACAGAUUGACAAAUAACCCUGAGUCCUGGGCUCUUCCCCGGCUCUUCCUUCCAGCUUAUAGGGGGUGCCAAAGGCAGCCCAGGGGUGAGAAACAUGGCCUGGGUGGCCUCCUGCAACCCCCACUGGAAUCUCCCCGGCCCCUCCCUCCCAGAUUAACUGAAACCUGCUAAUUGUGGCAGCCCUCGGCCUGGUCCCCUCCCCCACCGCCCGAUUCCACCUCCCUUGGCCUCCUCUCCCCUCCCCCUUCCAUCCGAAUGAUAAAGGGCCCGGCCCCGCCUGCCCCCACCCAGCCUCAGGCCCUGGCCCUGCCUCACCUUCCUACCCUAUUGCCCGGCGCCCUCAGCCCUUCCGGACCCUUGCCCACGUUGCUGGCCUCCCCUUUAUGGGGCCCUGCAGCAACCCAGGCCUGGGGCUCGCGGGGGCAGAGUCGCCCUCCCAGCCCCCCAAGAGGAGGAAGAAGCGAUACCUUCGGCAUGACAAGCCUCCCUACACCUACUUGGCUAUGAUCGCCCUGGUGAUCCAGGCUGCACCUUCCCGCCGGCUGAAGCUGGCCCAGAUCAUCCGUCAGGUCCAGGCCGUGUUCCCCUUCUUCAGGGACGACUACGAGGGCUGGAAGGACUCCAUCCGCCACAACCUCUCCUCCAACCGCUGCUUCCGCAAGGUGCCCAAGGAUCCUGCGAAGCCCAAGGCAAAGGGCAACUUCUGGGCGGUCGACGUGAGCCUGAUCCCCGCCGAAGCGCUGCGGCUGCAGAACACGGCCCUGUGCCGGCGCUGGCAGGGCCGGGGCGCGCGGGGGAUCUUCGCCAAGGACUUGGGCUUCUACGUGCUGCAGGGCGGCCCUACCGACCGCCCAAGCCGCUCGUCCGCCCAGUCCUCAGCUGCCACCCACUCCCCCACUCUACUGCCCAUCUAUACCCCCAACGUGGUAGUGCCCUUGGCACCACUACCACCCACCUCCUGUCCCCAGUGCCCGCCCUCAUCCAGCCCAGCCUACUGGGGUGUGGCCCCUGAAACGCACAGCCCCCCAGGGCUGCUCUGGGAUCUAGAUGCCCUAUUCCAGGGGGUGCCACCCAACAAGAGCAUCUAUGAUGUGUGGGUGAGCCACCCUGGAGAACUGGCCGCCCCCACCCCGGGCUGGCUGCUCUCCUGGUACAGCCUGUGAGCUCCAGGGCAGGGGCUGCCAACCCCCACCCCCACCCCCG